AUGGAAAAGAAAGGCGAAUCUCCAUCGGCACCCGCAGGGUAUUCAGCGCCGGGAACUUCUGGCGUAAUGGGAGGAUCAGCUUAUGUAGAAGCAGACAACAUGCAAGAAAUUAAUCUCCCUCCUUCUUAUGACACAGUAUUCACAAUAGCCCCUCGGAGAUCACAAAAAUCUAAUCCAUACACAGAGGAUGACAGGAAUUUGUGGGAAAAAGCUCAAGAAUGCUUUGAAAUGUCCAUUCCACAGCAGAUUAUUUGGCUGAUAAUGUUGGCAUUUUCUAUUUCCUAUAUUUUUUACGGGGCUACAAAGAUUUUUAGUUUGUAUAACAAAGAUUUCACUAACUACACAUCUGUCUGUCAUCCUGAGUUCUACGACUUUUACUACAAUGCCAAAAUAGGACAGCUAGCUGUGUUAAUGCCAUACGCUGCUUACAUCUUGAUUGCCUGGACCUUAUUACUUAUACUACAAAAACGUUGGUUCAUACAUCAUAAAUGGCGCCAGUGGGUUAGACUUCUUGACGCGGAACAAGAUGGCAUCAUUAGUGCAGACGACAUGGAAAAAACUAACGCUAAACUCGAACAGAUCCGCACACUUUUAAAUGGCAGAGAUUCAGCGCUAUCAGAAGAUGAACAAAAGAAAUGGUGGAACAACCACGUGUUUAAGCGUGGCCCAGGAAAGGAUAUAUCUCUUGAGGAUUACAUUAGCUACUUGGAAGGGCUUUUCUGGAAGCGCACCACCCCAUGA